UUCUGUUGAUAAAUGAGAUACAAACACUAGAAUUUCUGAGAAAUGAAAAAUGACUGGUUUCUGGAUUUUAAUUUUGAUCUUCAGCAUCAUGUAUACAGUCCAACCUGGUAGACGCUGGGUUACUGCACAAUCCCUCACAGAGUCACCAGUUUAUCAGCCUGAUAAAGAGCUCAGUGUGGAUAUCGGAGACUCGGCUACUCUACGGUGUUGUAUUUCUGAAAAAGAAGUUGGGAUAAUUGCCUGGUUUAAGCAAACUAACAGAGAAAAACCUCAGAUUAUAGUCACAGUAUAUAAAAGUGGUGGAGAAGCAUUUUACAAUGAAUCCCAAAAGUCUCAUUUCCAAAUAGAAAGAUCUUCAAACUGUUUCAAUAUGAUCAUUUUAAACAUCACUCAGUCUGAUGAAGCCAUGUACUACUGUGCACUGACAUCACCCAACCUUGUGUUUGCAGAUGGAACUUAUUUAAAAAUUAAAGGUGAUCAUGUUACUAUUGCAUCAGAAACAUCUACACCAGCUCUGUGUGAUAAUUCAGUGGUGUGUGAACCAACGCUGCAUGGAAACAGCACUAACAUGAACACACACGAGAAAACUGUGCUCGGUUUGGGAACGGCUUUGGGUUUGUGCGCACUUCUGAUUUUCUGUCUCAUUUAUUUCAUACUGAGGAGAAGAAAAUGUGAUAAAAUAAAUACGACUAUAGAAAACUCUCCAGGAACGAGGCAGGGAUUUGAAGCGGAACCACUGAAUUACGCAGCUGUGCAAUUUACCAAGAGGAAAGCCAAAGCUGAAAAAAGGAAAACUGGCUCAGCAGAUGAGUGUGUGUACGCCGAUGUGAAUAAAACUGUAAGAUGUAACAGAAAUAAUUUAUAACACAUGGUACUAUUACACUGCAAAAACAGUAAAAACAGUGAAAAUAUCUUGACUAUAUGCCAAUUUAUUACAUCUUUUUCAUUACGAGAUGAAAAGAUUAUUAAAUGAUAGAUGCAUUUUUUACAUUAAACUCACAAUAGGGCGCAUGGUGGCUUAGUGGUUCAAACGUUUGCCUCGCACUGCCAGGGUUCGAUUCUUGGCACGGUCCUGUGCAUGCGGAGUUUGCAUGUUCUCCCCGUGCUGCGGGGGGUUUCCUCCGGGUACUCUGGUUUCCUCCCCCAGUCCAAAGACACGUAUGGUAGGCUGAUUGGCAUUUCCAAAGUGUCCAUAGUGUGUGAAUGUGUAUGUGAUUGUACCCUGCGAUGGACUGGUACACCAUCCAUGGUGUACACCGCCAUGUGCCCCAUGCUCCCUGGGAUAGGCUCCAGGUUCCCCACAACCCUGAAGGAUUAGCAGUAUAGAAGACGAAUGGAUUAAUCUCACAAUAAGAAUUUUUUUUUUUUUUUUUAAUUUUUUUUUUUUUUUGUUUUCUAUUCAAGAUAUUGUUUUUUUGCAGUGUAGUUAAACUUCUAUGCCACAGGUUUUAUUUAUUUACACGUGUUUAAAGUCACUCCUGAUGUUUGUUUCUACCAUUAUUUCUUUCAAGUCAUAUUCCUAACUUUGACUUAAAAUGAACUUGUGAAAAAUACAUUUUUGUAUGACUUCCGAUUUUUUGGCCUCAUUUAUAUGACUCUGACAUUUGUUGAAGACAC